AUGUCAAAAAUCCAAAUAAUUUUUCUCAUUUUUUUCAUUUUUUUAAAAGUAAUAAAAUGUAAAAGGAGUAAAAAACAAAUAUACUCCAGUUUUGUGAGUGUAUAUAAUAAUGAUAGUAUAUUUUCCCCCCUCAAUCGAAAACAUAUAAUAGGUGUGUCGAAAAAUGACGAAGGAAAAAAGCGCUACCUAAAAUAUAGUAAUAAUAAUAACAUAAGCAAAGACAAGAGUCUUGGAAAUUUGAGUUGGCAAACUGUAGGAUGGAAAAAAAUUCAUAAUAGAAAAAAAAAAACAUAUAUGCAAAAUGAGAAAUACAAUGAUGAUAAAGACUUUACUAAUAACUUGAAUGAUAACAAUAGUAACAACACAUUAAGCAAAAUAAAUCAAAAUGCCAAUGGGGAAUAUAAUCUGGACAAUAUAAAUUAUAAUAAUGUAGAUAUGACUAAUGAGGAUAAAGAAGUGAUUGCAAGUAAAUUUGAAAAUCAAAAAAAUGAGUUUAUUCAAAAAGUGAAAUUGCCAAUUAUAGGAACACAACUAAAACCAUCAGGAGGUUUUGCAAAAGAAAUUUUAAGCAUAAUAAGAGAAAGUAAUGAUUAUAUUAAUAUUGUCAAUGAAGAAAUUAUUCAAGAAAAACUUGAUAAAAAAGCCAGAGGUGAUGAUUUAUCAUUUUUCGAUACAGACGAUACAUUAGAAAAACAUGAAAUAAAAUAUUUACAAAAAGUAUAUGAUAAUAAUCAUGUUUUAAAUAUAUAUAAUUUUCUUUUAGUAUGGAAAGAAAAAAAAAAUAUUGAUCUUUCUGUUUUUGUUUCAAAAAUUACAGAAAAUUCUAAUCUACUUCCAGGUGAAAGAACUGUUAUUAAAUUUACAGAAAUUGAAAAAGUACAAUUUUUAAAAAAAAUACGAAAAAAUAAAAAUGUAUGUAUUGCUAUGAUUUUUGUUGAUAAUAAAAACCAAAAUAAUAAUAAUAAUGAUGAGGCAGGUGUUAAUCAUAAUAUGUUUCCCAUUGGAAUUAUAUCACAUCCUUUAGAUAUUUCUUUGCUUGAUACAUGUGGUGAAAUAUCUGUUUUAAAUUUGUACAGAUUUAAAAUUAAUAGCUAUAAUGUUACAGAUAGCGAUUUUAUGGUUAAUGCUGAACUUUUUGUUGAUAAUAAUAUAGCUCUUAAAAAUUAUGACUUAACACAUGAAAAUAAAAAAGUUAUUAUGAAUUUAUAUGAUAAAUUAUUAGAACUUAAAAUUAAAUAUAAUGAAAAAAUUGGACAAAAACAAGAAAAUGAAAAACUUAAACAUUUAGAAAAAAUAACUGAACGAAUUGAUGAAUAUGUUAAUGUUCUAAAUAUAAAUAAAUCAAUUGAUUUUAAAAAUAAUGCCGAUCUAAACUUUUAUACUUCUUUAUAUUUGGAAUAUUUCUCUUUUUUACCGUUAGACAUUCAUGCAAAUAUACAAACAAAACUUCAAUUGAUGUACACCGAUGAUACUGAAUUACGUAUACACACUGUCAAAACAUAUUUAAUGCAGUUGUAUGAUGACUUAAAGGAAAAAUUAAAAGGCUUAUAA